UUUCACCUAGUUUUAACUUUAACCAGUAUUUCUGCAGAUUAUUGAGGAAUCUAAACUGUUGUCUGGCCAUUAGCACAUAAUAAUAAAAAUGCUCUGCUCGCCUUUUUUAAAUGUUGUUACAUUUUUACAUUAACUUAUUUCCUAUUAAUGCUACAUGUUGUUUGUGUUCUUUUUAGAAUUAAAUAAUAUGUGUAAUAUGUGCUAUGCUUUGUUUUGCGGGUGUGUUUGAACUGGCACAAAUUAAUUCAAUGUUGUAAUGGAGGUCCACUAGGUGUCAGUAAGGUACUACACUUCUUGACUCUUGCAAUUCAUGCUCCUGGAGCGUCACCCGCUCAUCAACUGAGCUCCUGCUUUUAAUUUGAAAACACUACCAACACCGGAUACGUGUGCUGUCUCGUUUUUGCUAAGCUUGUUAUUCUUUAGCCGAUAUUUAAUUUUAAGACAUUCAUUUGAGGUUUAAAUUAACAAAGACUGGAUUAAGAGACAACUGAUCAAUCUCAACCUGAGACCCAAUAUGUGGUCACAAACUCCAUAUUGAACUCUCCCACAGCUGCGUCAAGCAAGUUCUAGUAAAGUCUGUGGAACAUACUUCAAGUCAAAUCGGGGUUUAUCAAGUCACGCCCGCUUACAUCUGCACCACCUGGUUGUGCCACUGUGAGGGUGAAGCCGAGCUGCUCUAAAGCUUCUCCAACAGCUCAUCGAAGAGCUCCCUUCCCAAAGCAUCCCAUCAGCAAAUUCCCCCCAAACCAACAACCAAUCUGGAGUCCAGAACUCUCUCUGCACCAGAGGAUGAGGAUUCCUCUUCCAAGGCAGGUGUUACCGUCAUGACAUCCCCUCAAAAGAUAACUCAACACAGAUCUUCAGUUAGCUCCCCUGAAAGAAUCAGAGAAUCAGGGGACGUGGUCCUCCCGUUGUCUCCUUCUGGACUCAGUAGUGGUGAAGGCAGCACCUCCUCCUCUUCCUCCUCAGAAAAACCAACUAAACCAAUAUGGGCACCACUGGAAACAGAUGCCCCUAUAAGCUUGAACACCAUUGAUGAGGUCCAUGUGUGCCAGCUCUGUGGCUGCUGGUAUGAGACACGUAAAGGCCUGUCCAGUCAUGCCCGGGCCCACCUGCGACAGAUUGGAGUUCCUGACAAUAAUAUUAAGUGCAGUCCUAUUGAUUUCCUUUACCAGCUAAUGGAGGAAGAAGACCUCAAACCCCUCGCCAGUUUAACGGAGGAGCCACUCACCUCAGACACUUCCACUAAGUCUUCCUUCAAACGUCCUGCUGAUCUUUCGUCUCCUUCCUCAUCUCCUUCUGUUAAGAGGCUCAAAGUGCCAGAGGAAUGUAUUCUGUGUGGAGAUGAGUUUGAGAACCGUAAAGGUCUGGGAAGCCACGCCCGUUCUCACCUGCGUCAGAUGGGAAUGAUUGAUUUAAUGGGGAAAAACACUGCAAUUGAGACCAUUGAAGAGCUGGUCAAAAGUGGGAUGUUAAAAGCCUUGUGCCCCUCCAAAAAAGCCAGUAAAUCCAGUUCAUCUGCAGUUACAUUCACAACACCAGCAUCUCCUGAUGCCCUACGUUUGUCUCCAGCUGUGGUCCAUACUCAGAGUGCUGUAAAAAACAUACAGUUGCCUCUUACUUACAUUACCAAGGCUCCAAAAGCUAAGAAGGGUUCUCGGUUCGCAGUGGACCCCCUGCAUAGAAAAACUAAACCUGAGUCAGUGGAAAUUGAUAUAUCUGUUCAACCAGAGGCCUCCAUUAUGUCCAUCACCAACACACCCACGCAGGAGUCACCUACUGCUGUUGGAUCUUUAAAGUCUUUCAGUACAGAUGUUGAGUCGCCACCAACAGUCCCUUGUGACUUCUGUGGUCAGCUAUUUGAAACCCGUAAAGCCUUGUCCUGUCAUGCUCGGGCCCACCUGCGCCAGCUGGGCCUUAAUUGGUCCAUCAAAACAUCGCCAAUUGACCUCCUGAAAGAGGUCAUGGAACACGGUGAACCCUCAGGCAAAAGCACAGUGCAGGGCUCCAAGCGGCCUCUGGAUGGCCCCCAGGCAAAGGAAAGUGCCUCCAACAACUGCACCACACCUCUGGAUUAUUCUGUGAAAGAGAAAUCCCUGUCUGGCAAGAGCGGAACUGCACAACCUGAGACGUCCUGUGAGCUCUGUGGAUUUAACUUUGAAAACCGCAAGGCCCUCGCCAGUCACGCGCGAGCCCACCUCCGACAGCUGGGAAUCAUUGAAUGGAAGGCAGACGGCGCGAGGUCGCCAAUCGAGCUCCUGAGCGAGUUGAUACGAAAGGACCCGGUCAAAGUGGCGGCGAUUACACCACGCCCUCAAAAGGGAGACCCUUUUAUCCAGAAGGCGGGAAAUUGUGGAAAAAAGUGA